UUGUAGGCUGGCCAGUCCUGGGAAUCUUUUCUCCAUUUGUGGAUAAUGUCUCUCUCUCACUCUGGUUUGCUGGAGUCCAAAAGUUUGAGAAAUGGCUUUGUGUGUGACUGAUAGAUGUCAAUUACAUUAGUUCUCAUCUGUUUCUGUCUGGCAUUUUGUUUCAGCUUUUUGGGCUCUUUUGACUGACUUCAUUUUGUCAGACAGGUUCUAUUUAAGGGAUUUUUUUUUAUUAUACAGGUCUGGAGGUAAUCAUGGUUGGUUGUGGUCAGUAAAAAUGAAAGAAAUAGGAUUAGCCACAGUUAAUUCAUGAUUUAACAAGUGGGGCAAUAGCUUUUUGGCAAAGGGCCAGGUAGCGUUGAAUAUUUUCACCAUUUAAAAAAAUGCAUUGAUCAUGCGAUAUUUCUGUCUUGGGGGACUGGAUUCCAAAUCAAAUAAAUGGUGGAACAGAAUCUAUAUGUGUGUGGUGUUCUAUGUCAAGAUUAUCGGAGCACAACACUCAAUAUGACCAAAACUGUUAAUGCCCAAAAGAUAAUUUCUAUCUUCAUGUGUUGGGUCUGGAACAGAUAAUCUUUUAAAAUGUGAAAAAUCCCUAUGUGUGUACCAGGCCUUAGUCAGUCUGCAUGUGGAGUGACGUGGCGUGAGUUGUAGCCGAUAGCAGCUCUCAUACGAAUGUGCAUUCUGUUACCGCUCGUGGUAAUAAUGCUUGUUGUGUGCCGAUCCGAUAUUGAUAUCUGAUUUUGGUCUGAUAUCAGCAAUAAACGACUAUCGGAUUCUAUUGGACUGCAUCUAAAAUCUCCGAUAUAAGCACACAGCGUACUCAUUGGUAGCACAAGCCCAUAAGUAUAAACUACAUACGUGCAUAUUUAUUUUUAUUUUUGUUUACAUCCAGCAGCUGAUUGAUUGUCAGGAAGUGGAGGAGGUUUAAGCCUUCAACUGACUGGUGUCUCUAUGAAGAAUGAAGAUGAACCACCUGAGUGGGCACAGCUUCAUCAUCACAGGCCAAGUGAAGACCACUGAGCAGGACCACCACCAGAGGACCUCUCAGCUCCACUGUCAGACAGCGACGACAUGGAAGAACCUUUGAGGAGCAAUAAAGACUGUGAAGACGUCCAGCAGGGAAAACGUCUCCUUCAGGUGCAGUGGGAGAGGUCCAGGUUGGACCCGGACGGUCCACAGCCCCCCCAUGUUAAAGACGAAGAGGACGCUACAAAGCCACACCACAUUGAAAGGGAAGAGGAGGAUCCAGAACACCCCCACAUGAAAGAGGAAGCGGAGGAGUUUGAUGUCAGCAAGUUCCCACUGACUGGCGUCUCAACGAAAAGGGAAGAUGACAAAUACAAACCGCACGAGUGGUCACAGCUUCAUCAUCGGAGUCCAAGUGGAGACCACUGUGGAGGACCACCACCAGGUGACCUCUUAGCUCCACUGUCAGACAGCGACGAUGUGGAAGAACCUUUGAGGAGUGAUCAAGACAACAAAGAGUUUAAAUGCUCUGAAAAGGAGACCAUUUGUAACAAGAAAGCUUCUCAAACACAAAGGAGACGUCACUCAUGUAAAGAACAUUCCAGCUGCUCCAUUUGUGGUAAAAUGUUUGCUCGAAAGUCAAACAUGAUAGCACACAUGAAAAUACAUGCAAAAGAAAAACACUUUAGUUGCUCCGUUUGCAGUAAAACUUUCAUCGGAAAGUCAGACGUGGAUAGACACAUGAGCGCACACACAGAAGAAAAACCCUUCCAUUGCUCUGUUUGCAGUAAAGCAUUCACUCUAAAACACAACAUGAUAAAACAUAUGAGAACACACACAGGAGAAAAACCUUAUGUUUGCUCUUUGUGUCAUAAAAUAUUCGCUAGAAAGGCGCAUCUAGAAUCACAUAUGAGGACACACACAGGGGAGAAACCCUUUCAUUGCUCUCUUUGCGGUGAAGCAUUUCCCGUAAAACACAACAUGGUAAAACACAUGCGAAUACACACAGGAGAAAAACCCUUCCGUUGCUCUAUUUGCGGUAAUGCCUUCACUUUGAAACACAACAUGGUAGAACACAUGAGAACACACACAGGAGAAAAACCUUAUAUUUGCUCAUUGUGUAAUAAAACUUUCUCUAGAAAGGCACAUCUGGAAUCACACACGAGGACGCACACAGGAGAAAAACCCUUUCGUUGCUCUGUUUGUGGUAAAGCAUUCACUGUAAAAGACAGCAUGGUAAAACACAUGAGGACACACACGGGAGAAAAACCUUUUGUUUGCUCGGUUUGUUGGAAAACAUUCUCUCAAAAGACCUACGUGAAAGCACACAUGAGAACACACACACGAGGAAAAACCUUAAGUUUGCUCGGUGUGUAAUAAAACAGUCUCUGGAAAGAACUAUACGAAUCCACACGAGAAUAUGCACAGGACAAAACCCAUUUAGUUGCUCAGUGUGCAGCAAAACCUUUUUUUCGGCAAAACUUGGGCGCACAUAUGGCAAAACACACAGAAGUAUAAUCUUUUGGUUGCUCAAUGUGUACUAACACCUUCUACCGAAGGUCACAUCAGGAAUUACACGUGAUAACACACACAGGAUAAAAACACCCUCGAGUUUAGUUUGUGGUGGAAGCUAUGCUCAACAAACAAGUUUGGCUAAAUGUUUUGCGGUGGUUCCCUACAUUAAUUCAUCAUCUGAAGCAGACCGCGUAUUUUUUUUGUUGAAUUUGUAUUCUCCUGAAAGAGCUUUAAAUGCUUUACUUUGUACGGAGCCUGGGGGGAAAAAAUUAAAGGUUGAGGGAAAAAAAGAA